UUUUUUCCUUGGGAAGAAAAACUAUAUUUCCCAAUAUUCCUUUUGCAGAGGUAUAGCGACCAAUCGGGGGAACGUUAUUUUGGCGCUGAGUGGGGAGACAGGCCCUGAAAGCAGGGGGCUUUUGUUACAGCUACAGGGAGGGAGGGAGACAGUUAUAUAGAAAUACAUAGGAACCCGAUUUAUUCGAAACCCGUUCCAACAUCCCGCAAAAUACGAGGCCCUCUCUCAGAUCAACCAUGGGAACUGAGACUUAACUAUUGCCCCCGCUUUUUUAUUAUUAUAAUUUUUUUAAUCAGUACAUUGAAUUAAUAGGCGAGGAUACCUUUACUUUAUAACUUCAAGCUUUUGUUGUAUCUGAUUUUUUUGCAAAAUAUAUUGCAGCAGGAAGCUGAAUAUUGGGUGUAUUUGUUUAUAAUGGAACACAUUGAAGGCCCUGUAAGAGAAAGGGAAAGUUAAGGAUGCUGGAGCAGAACAAUGGAUUUCUCCUUCUCUUUCAUGCAAGGGAUCAUGGGAAACACAAUCCAGCAGCCACCCCAGCUCAUUGACUCGGCCAACAUCCGGCAGGAGGAGGUUUAUCACAGCAGCGGCGAUGCAGGAGGCGAUGAGGGCCCCUCCACCUACGAUUCAGCCCUGGAGUCAGGCUUUUGCUACCCUGCAGAUGACUUGCCGGUGAUGGCCAAUGGCUAUCCAGCGGGCUUCUAUGAGCCCCAGGCCAAGUACUCCAUGUAUGCACCGUUCCCCAACGGCUCUGCCAACGGAUAUGGUGCCGUACGUGGUUAUGGGGACCACUGCCCUCUGCCAGGGGGAGAGGGGACAGUGAUGAGGCCACCUGUCAUGCAGGAGAAGCCCCUGGCACCUACCUCACUGCCCCCUCACCAUCACCACUUCCUUCCCCACCAUCAAGCCCAUCCUCAGACCCCGCCUCCUCUGCCCCCCCACCAUCAUCACCCUCUGGCCCCGCCCCACCUCGCCCCUCCUAUUCUGCCCCCUCCCCCACCUCUACUCCUCCCCACCUCCCCACCGGUGCAGCCGCUGCUCCCUUCAUCAGGGGUGGUGGACGGAGCACUGCCUCCACGCCCCCCGGCCCCUCCUUCUCAACCCGUCCCGAAAAAGACAGGCUCCCCUGAGAUUAAGCUGAGAAUCACCAAGACUUACCAGAACGGGCGGGAGCUGUUUGAGUCCUCGCUCUGUGGUGACCUGCUGCAUGAGCUCCAAGCCGGGGAGGCGUCCCACCCCCGGCACGAGCGAAAAAAGGAGCGGAGGAAAAGGAGCAGCCAGGAUGCCCAGCAGGAGCCCAGGCCGGAGGUGCUGGUGGAAACAGGCCCUGAACCGGGUCCACUGUGCCAACUGCCCGAACCUGCACCAGAGAUGCUAUCUGGGGGUCUCAAGACCCCCAAGGAGGAGCCCAAGGAGCAGAGCAUUCAAAAGCACCCCUCCCCUGCCACCUCAGCCCCUGACUCUUGUACAGACCAUGACGUGGGUGACUUGGUGUGGGCCAAGGUGGGGACAUACCCCUGGUGGCCCUGCAUGGUGUCGCGUGACCCCCAGCUGAACGUCCGUACCCGGAUGAACACCAGAGGUCAUCGAGAGUAUCACGUGCAGUUCUUUGGAAGUGUCCCGGAGAGGGCUUGGAUCCACGAGAAGAGGGUGGUGCCGUACCUGAGUCAACAUCAGUUUGAAGACCUACAGGCAGAGACUCUGCGCAAGACAUCCAACCCUGCUGAAAGACACAAGCUUCUGAAGCCCCAGUCUCAGCGCGAGCGCUCCCAGUGGGAGGUGGGCGUCAGCCACGCGGAGGACGCCCUGCCAAUGAGCCGGGAGGAACGCAUAGAAACCUACACCUUCAUUUAUGUGGACGAGGAGCCAGCCAGGCCCAAGGUGGCCGGCAGGCCCAAGGUGGCCGCCAGGCCGGUACUGAGGGCCCAGCGCUCUAGGAGCAGCACGUCCGGGGGCAGGGAUGAUAAAGCGGAGGCAGCCGAGCCUGCGCCGGAGCGUCCCCCCCCGCGCCGGCAGCAGCCUCCGAGGCGGUGCAGCUCAGCUAGGGAGGAUCCACAGGACGUGCAGGGGGAGCAGAGCCUCCUCGGGAGCCCAGAGAGGAGCCCAGAGGGACCCACGGAGCCUGAGGAGCCUGCGCCCCCAGUGAAGACAGCCUGGCGGACAGCCGCUGCACGCAAGCUGCUUCCACUCUCCAUCACCAUGAAGAAGCUUAACGUGGAGAUCACCAAGUGUGACUGGCCCCUUCCCCACAGAAAGAGCCCAUCACCUAAGGAGACGGAGAGUAAAGAGCAGCAGGACAGCCAGGCACUUGGCUCCCCCAGGGGUUCAGGUGGAAAAGCCGAAGUGAGCUGUAGGGUGCAGGAGAAGCUGGUGUCCUCUGUGGGGCGGAGAAGUGAGCAGGGUGCCCCCCAGCACUCCACCUCCACGGACGUCUUGCCUGGAACCCAGGCAGCACAGACAGGACCUCCGGAACGCAAGCAACAGCGACGGUACUCCAGGAGCCGCUCCGAGUCGGAGAAGGGCUCCGAGCCCGUACCAAAGAAGAAGGUGAAAAAGGAGCAGGCUGACUCCAUUCCCCAGACGGCUCUGAAGACUGCAUUGCAAAAAGGAGCCAGCGAGAUCUCCGACUCCUGCAAGCCGCUGAAGAAGCGCAGUCGGGCCUCAACGGACGUAGCGAUGAGCAGCUGCCGGUACCGCGACACCUCCGACUCGGAUUCCAGGGGUCACAAUGACCUACAGGUGGGGUUCGGCAAGCGCUCCGACAGCCCUGCGGUCACAGAUGCCGAUGGCUCAGACGCUCAGUCGGUGGACUCCAGCGCGUCCGUGAUGGGUGGAGGCACGUCUCGGAAGGACACCGUCUGCCAGAUCUGCGAAUCCUUCGGGGACGCCCUCUUGAGCUGUGUUGGGGACUGCAGCCAGUUCUUCCAUGCGGAGUGCGUGGGGCUGGCGAGUGCCCACAAGGGGAAAUUCACAUGUGCAGAGUGUAAGACGGGCACUCACCCCUGUUUCUCCUGCAAGGUGUCGGACGGAGACACAGUCCGCUGCUCAGCUAGUGGCUGCGGCCGCUUCUACCAUGAGGCGUGCGCCCGCAAGUACCCGGGCACCGUGGCCGAUCCCAAGGGCCUGCGCUGUCCCCAGCACACUUGUGCCACCUGCUGUCUGGAAAGAGACUUGCACAAGGCAACCAAAGGCCGGAUGCUGCGCUGCAUUCGCUGUCCCACUGCGUAUCACACUUCGGACGGCUGCAUCGCCGCCGGCAGCUCCGUCGUCACGCCACACGUCAUCAUCUGCAGUGAGCACUCCAGUGCGCGCAGGAAUGGCCAUGCCGUGUCUCCAGUGAACGUAGGCUGGUGUUUCGUCUGUGCCCGAGGAAUGUUAGUGCAGGACCAUACAGACAACAUGUUAAGUUCCUAUGCCUAUAAGUCACACUACCUUCUGACUGAAACAAAUCGUGCUGACUUGAUGAAAUUACCCAUGAUUCCUUCUUCUUCGUCAGCUACCAAAAAGAAUGUGGAGAAAGGGGGGAGGCUGCUGUGCUGCGAGGCUUGCCCCGCCUCCUUCCACCCCGAGUGCCUGAGCAUGGAGAUGCCUGAGGGGGCAUGGCUCUGUCCAGACUGCAGAUCUGGGAAGAAGCCUCACUACAAGCAGAUCGUUUGGGUCAAGCUAGGAAGCUACAGGUGGUGGCCAGCGGAAAUCUGCAACCCCCGCCAGGUCCCCUGUAACAUCCAGAGCCUGAAGCAUGACAUCGGAGACUUCCCCGUCUUCUUCUUUGGGUCCCAUGACUACUACUGGAUCAACCAAGGCCGGGUCUUCCCCUAUGUGGAGGGGGACAAGCAGUUUGCGGAAGGCCAGAUCAGCCUCAACAAGACCUUCAAGAAAGCACUUGAGGAGGCUGCCAGGAGGUUCCAGGAGCUCAAGGCACAGAGGGAGAAUAGGGAGGCGCUAGAGCAAGAGCGGAACUCCCGGAAGCCGCCACCCUACAAGUUCAUCAAGGCCAGUAAGCCAGUGGGGCAGGUGCAGGCACAGGGGACGGACCCGUCGGAGAUCCCACACUGCAACUGCAGACCGACGGACGAGAGCCCCUGCGGCCGGGACUCGCAGUGCCUCAACCGCAUGCUGCAGUGCGAGUGCCACCCGCAGGUGUGCCCCGCUGGCGACCGCUGCCACAACCAGCGCUUUUCUCGCCGCCUCUACCCCGAGAUGGAGGUCGUCAAGACCGAGGGCCAGGACUGGGGGCUGAAGACCAAGCAAGACCUGAAGAAGGGGGAUUUCGUGACUGAGUAUGUCGGAGAGGUGAUUGACUCGGAGGAAUGCGGGCAGCGAAUAAGAAACACUCACGACAACCAUGAGACCGACUUCCACAUGCUUACACUCACUAAGGACCGCAAGGUCGAUGCUGGACCCAAGGGAAACCUCUCCGCUUUUAUGAACCACAGCUGCCAACCCAACUGCGAGAUGCAGAAGUGGAUGGUGAAUGGGGACAUGCGGGUCGGCUUCUUUGCCAUGCGCGACAUCGAGGCAGGCACUGAGUUGACCUUUAACUACAACCUGGAGUGCCUGGGCGACGGGAGAAUAUCCUGCCACUGUGGUGCCGAGAGCUGCAGUGGCUUUCUAGGGAUGCAGCCGAAGAGUGCAGUAGUGGCCGAGAAGGAAGAAAAGGCCCGCAGCUCGAAGGCCAAGCCCAAGAAGCGUAAGGUGAAGCCUUGUGAGGGGAAGCUGGCCCACGAGCACGUCUGCUUCCUCUGUGGCGAAGCCGGGGAGCUUGUCACAUGUGACAGAAAGGAUUGCCCAAAAGCAUACCACCUCCGGUGUCUCAGCCUAACCAAGCCGCCGCAUGGACGCUGGGAGUGCCCAUGGCACCGGUGCAGUGUGUGCCAGAGCCCAGCCACGUCGUCCUGCCACUACUGCCCCAAUUCCUUCUGCCAGGAACAUGAGAGGGGUGCUCUUGUGCCCUCCGUGCCUGACAGCAGGCCCUGCUGCUCAAGACACAACCCAGAGAUGCCCCCCGCACAUGUGUCCCACCUCGACGAGAUCAAGGUCAAAGAGGAGCCCCUAGAGCCCGGUGAAGGCGCCCCCUACUGAUGUCCUGGAGUAAGAACAAGAGAGGGAUAAUCGGAGACCUAGUAGAUAAGGAGUGGGCCUAAACAGACAUCUCUGGUUAAACGGAAAUCAGGAGAUCCAGCACAAGUCUUUCAUUUCCCCAGCCUGCCACAUUUAUGAAUCAGUCAGCCAUGCGGUCCUCACUCAGCAUAAUAAAAGCUGAACCUUCUAGAACCACAAUAUUUAACCCACUUAUUGAUCUUUAUUUUUCUAUUAUUCAAUAGUGUGUACUCUAUAUCAGUGGUAAUUUCAAAUUGAAUUUAUUCAGUUUCAUGUGAAAAGUGCUUUUUCUGUGACAUUGUUACUAGGCUGCUGUUAUAUGACCUAUCGACUAACGCCCCUAUCUCCUCUUCUUCCCUUCCUUGUUCCCAUAAAGGUUCAUUAAUCUCUCCAAAAAUACUGGAUUAUGUACCUCAUAUAUAAAUAUAUAAAAUAUUUGUGCAAUUUUACCUGGACUGCAUCACAUUUCAGAGCAUUAUACCAAGAGCCCAUUGAAAUCCUCAUCGUAGGAAUCUUCAGAGUUGCUUAACAGAUGAGAAUUAAGCAGAUGAAACCCAUCUUUAUUUUGGGUCAGAUUUUUUAACAUAUAUUUAUUAAAUAUAUUUAUCUGUGUAUGUUUACAGCAACACUCUGUGAUUUAAAAAAAAAAAAUCCCAUUGAGGUGUGUGUGUGUGUGUGUGUGUUUGUGUGUGUGUGUGUGUGUGUGUGUGUGCGCUCACACGUGCGUCUUGUUUAAAAUUAUCUGUUGGUAUUCAGAUCCUGUAUUCUGAUGUUCAGUUUAUUGACAUCUUGAUAUGGUCCGGUAGCCUUGCCAAUUCUGAAUACUUCCUCCUGUUUGUGGAGUGUAUUAAUGUGUAGUAAUCGAUCAGUGAAUGUGAUCUCGGAAUGUCAGAAAAGUUUUUUUUUUUUUAUUAUUAUUAUUAUUUUUAGGAAACUUCAAGAGAAUAUCUUGGUAAAAAUGCAUUUGGCUCCCUGUUUUGGACAAAUUGUUUGUUUAUACUCCAAACUCUAGUUAAUGGCAAAUCUUGCGCAGAAUGGUGCAGAAUAAAGAUCAUUUGUAUUCUUCUAUAUUAUGAAUUUUAACGUCACAUUUUUAAGUCUAUACCAGGACGUCUAUACCAGGACGUCUAUACCAGGACGUCUAUACCAGGAAGUAUCCUUAUGAUAUAUUUGGUGCCAUUUUACAAUAAGACUACCCUUAUAAAGGGUUUAUGAUUGGUUUGUAAUCAGGUUAUUAAUUAGGUUGUAACACUUUGUAAAUCAUUCAUAGACAAUUAGAAGCAGUUAUAACGGUUUUCUGCUUAUUUCUUCAAUUAUACAUGCCAAAAGGGAGCCUUAUUGUAAUGUGGUACCAUAAAUUUUAAUAAUUAAAACAUAUUUCUCUGUAUCUGUUAUGAAACAGAUCUCAUCUUCACACUUCAGUAUAUUUGUUUGUUUUAAAAAAAAGUGCUUUGAAUGUCUGCUCUGUCCACCAUCUUAAUCCAGAUGAAUAAAUCUUAAUACUGCGCUUGUCAAUGACUGGUACAGUUCACACCAAAUACUGCUGAAACGUUCUGGACUGUUUUCGCUGAAAUGUUUCUAUUUCCAAAUUGUUUUAAUAGAGGCGGAUUUUAGAGCUUUUCCAUUUGUAUUUGUUGGGUUUUUUGUGACUUUUCUACUUUGCCUUUAAGCAUUUUUAUCAAUCUUGUGUUACAUGCAGCAAUAAUAUAACAUAUUAUACCAUUUCAUUAUUAUGGAUAUUUUAAAACAUUGUAAUUGUUCGAUCAGUGGAAUAUAUAUCAUGUAAAAAAAUGUCGCUCAGUGAUGUGAUCAUUUGCAUCCUUUCAUAGGUCUAUGUGACAUUUAUUGUGAUGAACAUUAGUAAGGACUUUUAUUUCAUAAAAUAUAGUGAAUCUGACCUAGAAUAUGAGUCUUGAUCACAUUGGGCUUUUAAAUGACAUCAGAUCCUUUUCCAACUAUGUAACCUGUCAUAGUAGCCAAAAUUACUUCACCUGUGUCGUGAAAAUACCGUAAUGAACUUUAAAUGGCAAGUCGCUGUUGUGGUGUGAAGUACUUUUUGAAGAUUUAUACUCAUGUAGUUACGCUGUACUUGCCAAAAAUCACAUUACAUGUUUAUACCUCAGUCUGUUUAUUUUCACCACCUCUUGUCUGACUUUGUCAUCAGGUACUGGUGACUGCAGUUAAUGUGUGACAUCAUACUCUUGUGUGUGAAAAGGGAGGUUGUCCACAAAAGCCGGUGCUUAGAGAAGUACACAAGGGAACUGAAUUGGUCAAAGCUGAUUUAAUUACAUUUUUAUCCCAAUACUUCCAGUUAGUAUCGGUUACUGUCCCGUUCUGCACGUCAAGUCACUUUAGUCACUGGAAGAAUCAGAAGCCUCUUCAGAAAUUCCUUGAAGUUUACUUGAAAUUUUUAUGCCCAUUGUCUAUAAGUGUUGUUUUUAUUUUUGAGUAAGAGCAUUGGAGUAUUGCAGUAUUGGAGUAUUGCAGUAUUGGUACUGGAUACUGUUGUUAUGGUUUUACAUUAAGAGCUGGAAGAGCUUUUCCAGAUCUCCAGCAGUGCAAACCCUAGCUUCUGCCCUGUCUGCUGAAAUCAUCUCCUUCCUCUUGGCUUCCUCAGCCUUCGUUCCCUCGCUUCCGUUCCAUUUACCUCGGUUUUCCAUCAAGCUUCUGCACUUCACUUGUAUGCUAGGGCUUUGUGUUCUGGACUUUUUCUCCUUUGCGUUGCUCAUUCCCAAGUGGCUCCAAAUACAGCUGAACAUGUUUCAGUGCAUCAUUGUCUCUAAAUUGCCCUGCGCCGCCCCGGCAGUGUUUGCGUGGAGAUCCCCAGUAUGGGCUCCAGGCUCACAGCAACCCUGUAAUAGUUAUAUGGUUAUGGCUGGAUGGAUGGAGGCGGGGAUGGUUUACACAUACCUCAGGAUUAACCCUUUCAGUUCCUUACAAGCAUUUUCCACCAUAUUAAUCCUGAACGAUUAACUCAUACUGUAGAAGAACAUCGUUUUCACAUGUGUCUUGACAUGUCUUAAUGAUGACAGGACAGUUAUCCUCAAACCACAAAAUAUAUUUUCCUUGAAUAUUUAUGUAUUAUGAUUAUAUACAGUACGUAUCGACCUCACCUCUGCUUUAAAAGGGAAUUAUAUCCUGGAUCAUUAUGAGCAUGUCAGUUUCAUUCAUUGUUGUAUAAAUUUCCAUGAUUGUUGACUCUUAUCACCAAACUAUACACUCAGAUGUAAUAAAACAAUCCAAAAUUAUAUUGUCUUAGACGGAAUAAAUAUCACCUUCAAGACACAUUGUAGUGUGGACCUUCCCUGGGCUGUAUGCUGGGGUUAUAUGUGUAUUGAUGUUGAAACUAAAAAAAAAUGAAACAAAGUUGUCUACAAUUAUUUGUUUUCCUGUUCAGCUUAUGUUACUGCUGAUGUAAAAGAGUUAUGCUUGUAGACUUGUACAUAAGAAAUAGAAGAUAAAUCAGUCAUUUUGAUGUAGUGUCUUUAGAAUGCCUGUAAUAUUUAGCUUAUUAACGUGUUUAGGGACGUAUAUUUUUUGUACGUAUAUUAACUGUCUUUUUUAAUUUCAGAUUAUGACCUCAAAACAUUUUCCUCUGUCAGAGUAUAUUCUGAAGGGUUUUUACGUGACAUUCCACAGAUCUGAUCAUUUUCAGAAUUUGCUUGAGGUUUGACUUCAAUAAAACAAUGCAUUAUGUUUAAAAAAAA